AUGAAUCCUAUUCAAUCGGGCCCACCAGAUCCUAUGGCUCUGGAUAAUAAUCCAAGUAUGAACUACAAGAAGGCCCUCAAUCAAGUCGUUCCGAGUACUGAAAAUAUUAUACCGAAUCCAGUUAAUUUCAGGAAUAAAAAGAAUGAGUACAUGUGUUUGGAUAAAUCAGCAAUCCAUGACCAGCUACAUGAUACAAUUGUGCUGACGGAGGAGGAAAAAGCUAGAAUACAUCGCCCAUGGGCCUACUCCGUAAUAAUCAGACUGACACGACUACGAGUUAAUCAUGCCUAUCUGAAAAUCCACCUGUCUAUUCUGUGGAAACCCACGAAGGAUUUAAUACUAAUAGAUUUGGGUAACGACUACUUCAUAGUCAAAUUCCUCAAAGAGGAAAACAUGCUCAUUGCUCUUCAACGAGGCCCAUGGUUUGUAAAUGGGGCUUUCGUAUCAGUACGAAAAUGGCACCCAAACUUCGUCGCAUUGGAAGUCAUGGAAAACCUUAUUGCAAUUUGGAUUCGCUUAUCUGAAUUACCUAUGGAGUACUAUGACCACUCUAUACUAUCAAGAAUAGGUAGUAAAAUGGGUAAACUGGUGAAGAUAGAUAUUUGCACAUCGGCAACCUUUAGGAGCAGAUAUGCACGAAUUUGCAUCGAAGUACCUCUGAGGUUCCGGUCAAAACACACAUCUAUCUCGAGGGAUUGA